AUGUCUUCCCACGUGCAAGUUAUGCAGAACGACGCCUUCGACCACGCUUUCAUGCCUGCUCCGGCCGUGGCGCCCAAGCCCGAAAUCAUCGGUGAGUUGCUGUGCCACUUGCCCACGGCUGGCGCUCACGUGACCGGCGAGCCCGACCACCUGCCUAUUUCCGUGCACACCGACGUCUUGGACUCGGUGUUCUCGGCCAACUUGGAUGCCGAGGAUGGCCACGCCUUUAACGGCACGCCCAUGUUCGAUGACUUGGACUUUAUGGUGGAUGGCACCAAAGCCAACUCCAAGGAGGACUGGGUUUCGUUGUUUAAGGACGACGAUCCAGUCGACGCCAAGUUUGCUGGCCGUGACGAACCACUUGACGAUUUGGUGGGCGACGAUUUCAAGGAGUCGUUUGACUUUGUGCCCGUCGUGCCGCAGGUCAAGCAGCUCGAAACGCCAGCCACUCCUAUGCUUGGAACACCUGUCAUGGAUGAUUUCACGCCCUCUGUGCAGGGCACCAAGCGCAAGAGCGUGGACCACUUAGGCUGCGUGUCGUAUAUCAAGAAGCAGCGCACGCAACCGUUGAAGCCCAUUGCUGCCGAGAACGGCGAUCCGAUUGCCAUGAAGCGUGCCAGAAACACCGAGGCGGCCCGCCGCUCACGUGCCCGUAAGAUGGAGAGAAUGAGCCAAUUGGAAGAGAAGGUUGAGGACUUGAUGCAGGACAAGACCCAUUUGCAGGACGAGGUUGCUCGCUUGCGCGAGAUCUUGACUGCGCACAACAUCAUGUUUUAA